UUCGCUUACCCGGACAGGCGAGUCAAUUUAGCAGACAACGCUAUCAACAACUUCAGAUUCGGUCUUGUAGGUGUAAUUGGACUCAGAGAGGGAUUCAAUUAUCACUCAAGAGAAGGACGAAAGGGCUCAAUGAUCAGAAUCCGCGAUGAUACUUUUAGAUUCUUCCGGACUGUUUGCAAAAAUUACCCUUGUGAUCCUUGUGCUGAAGCUAACCAUGUCGGUUACCAACGGCGAAGUUCGUGUCAUAGAAGUUGGACGAGUAAACACUCAGGUGGUUUGUCAAGGAACCGAAUUAAAGUUCAAGUGCCAAAACACCUCUCUUGCAAUGGUCAUCUACUCCGCUAGCUACGGACGCGAAGAAGAAGGGCGCAUUACAUGUCCAUUUGGUAAAGCCCCUGUGGAUGAUUCAGUAAUUCAGGCCAAUGAAACAGACGACCAGACGUUGUGCGAUGUAGUGGAUGUUACCCCGCAGAUAAUGAAGCUUUGCGACAAGAAAAGGCGCUGUAUUAUUGACGUAAACAAUGCAACCUACUAUGGAAAUCCUUGUAAAAAAAUUUACAAAUAUGUAAAAAUCAUCUACGGAUGUGAGGAGAAAUGGAAAACCAGGACUUAUCCUCCGUACACCACCCCUCCUAGUUACGGCACCGAUUCUACGUCACUAACAGUCACUAAUAAAAAACCGAAAACACCUAAGCUAACACCCACACGUAAAAGAGUAACAACUCUGACUACUCUAAGGAAAAAAAUCACAAACAUCACAGUGAGGAGGAGUCGAGCACGUACGCCUAAACCACCGCAUUCAACAAAGCGCACCACCACACCAAAAACUCCUUUAAAGACUACUUCUAAACUGUCUACUCUUUCCUCUACUGAAAUGCCCACGAAAAGGCCAAUAACGUCAGCUAAAAUGACAAAAACAGUGACACCUACAACUGUCAAAGAUACCACCACUAAACCCCUAACGGUAAGUAAAGGUGUAGAAACAGUAAAACCGAGCACUACAGUGCCGAAAUCUGAUGCUAGUGUCUCAGUAACUAAUCCUUUAGCCUCGACAAAUCCACCUAAUGAACGAGACAAACAAUCUCCAACCACAUCCACAGGUACACUCAUCACAAUACCAGUCAACGAUACCAAUUACACAUUACCAAACAAGACACUGAAUACCUUAUCAAACACUGCACGACCAAGCAAAUUGACCAUAACGCCCACAGGACGUUCAUCCGAUGGCAAAACUCAACAAAGCCCCUCACCCGAGACUGCUUUCAGUUCUGCACCGGUGGUCAUGGGACAAGCAAGCCCGGAAGUCGUCAUGGGGGUAGCAGGUUCACUUUACCUUUGGUUUCUCCACAUGAAAGAAAACCAAGCAACCUAUACUACAGUCUUCAUUCUGAGCGCUUUGGGAGCAGCCAUAAUUAUGGUGGCGGCAGUAGCUUGCUUUUUAACCCUUCAUAAAAAGAAGGAAUUUAUCAAACUAGACGUUAUGCACAAACCAAAGAGAUUUAUUGGGGUUCCCAAGGAAUCAGGGACAAAGAAUCAGAACGGACAUGUUCCUGAAAAAGUUGAUAAGCCAACAGAUGCAGAGGAAGCCCCAGAUGGGAUAAUGGUUCAGAAAGGACCGGAGGUGGUCUUCACCGCACACGAUGUUAAUAAUCACGUUCCUAAAGAGUUUAACAUUGACAGGUAUCCUGGGACAGAAAACGGAUCAGUAAGCAAAGAAAAUGAGCCAGGUAUUCAUGUCAACCCGAUGUUUAACAACAAUAAUUACAAACUUUUUAGCUCUGUAAAUGGUACAAACCAAACAAAUCCGCUUGCCAAAGAGACAGUCAACAGUCUACCGUCAACCCCAUCUAGAAGUCGGAACCUAAGUGAACCCAGAACAGGACCAGCACGGCAAGGUAGAGCAAAUAGCACUGGUAACGUAUCUAGGAGUCACGAAAGGCACCACAGCCAACUUAUGUCUGAUUAUCAAGAAGAGAGGGCGCGAAUACCUCGACACCUCAGUGCCGGAAAUGUAUCGCAUCAGCACCGUCAUAUGGUCUCUGAACAUGCUUCGCAUCCUCAGUCUCCGGCUAGGACACUACCCCGUCAAAGACCUUCCACUGGCCAUGUGCUGUCUAGCCAUUCCCCCGUGCGUGAUCCUAACCAGUGGCACCAAGCGACACAACCAACAUAUACAAGUGGAAUGUCUACUCCGGGGAUGAUAAACAGCACAUCACAGCAACAUUCACCGGCCAGAUCAGUUUCAGGGGGAACUUUGUUAAGUCAGAGCUCCACCUUGAAUAGCAGGCAGCAAAGUCCGGGCAUUGGGCAGCUAUCACCCUCUAGAAACCCACAGCAUAGCCCUCUUGAUCACUCGCUGAGGGAUGCCGGACCAGGAACGCUUAACAGGGAUGGAGAGCCAAAAUACCAAGGAAAAUCGCUUUCAAUAGCCCCUGGAGAGCACCAAGUCGCCACGCACAAUUCAUCGCCUUAUCAACGAUCCAACGUGGGUCUAAAUUCUCCUAUGAAAGUUUCCAGCUCCUCGAACGCGCCAUUGGGGCUUGGUAGCAGCACUGAAUCGCACAGUCCCUACAAAGCUCAACGAAACACUCCCACAUUAAACAGGAAAUGGAGUGAGGAAAAAUCAGAAAGCGAUGUUGUUCCAAAUAUAACAACCAACCCAAAUUACAUCAACACACCUGGCGACGUAUGGUUAAAGAACAACGAUCCUAACACGGGGCAGAAGGAUGCAACAGGAAGAGGUUUAAGCACUGACCAAAGCAGUAUGCAAGGUGGUAUUCUCCAGCACAGAAGAGAGUCUGCUGAAAAAAGCUCCUUGCAAGAGCAAUUUUCUUCUCAAGCGAUAGAAAACGCCAAUGAUAGAAAUGUUGACGAACUCCAACCAAAAAAUACCGAAAUUUCUGUCUUCGAUAAAAUUUUGGAACUUCCCCGAUUCUUCUUCGGAAAACGAGAAGGAAAACUGCCAACAGAACAAAGCUGAUCAUGAAAUCAAAGGGUGAAAUUCAUUGUAGACAAGCUAGGUACAUUAUGUCUAGCAAAUGACAUGUACCGCUCUGCCCUAAAAUAACUAACCCUUCGUGACAAGUGUACAAAGCAACCUUACCACACACCAGACAACAGUUACCAGGAACCGAUUAACAAUAAUCACCGGUGACAUUAACGUAAAGUUGACAGGACAACGGAAAAGAAGACCAAAUGGUGAGUCACUCAACUUGAAGGUGAAACUUGAGAUAUAUUGACUCUCUAAACAAACAUAUAGUAGACAUUCAUCACCGCAUUGGACUGAGUCUUCCAGCUGGAUACAGGAAGCUUAAAUUUAUACGUCAGAAUCAAAAGGUCAAGAGGCAAGUUUUCGCCAGUUACGAAACGCCUAGUGCUGUUAUAAAGAUACCUUUAUAUCGUAAGCGAGAUUUGUUGUCAAAAGGUGAUGGGAUUUUUCCAGCUUCGCAGCCGGUGACUUGGUUGACUUCUUUGACUAAUUCGAAACGAUCAUUGCUAAAUGACAAUUUUAUUCAGAUCUAACUAACUCGGCUUUAGGAUUCGGAUGGAAGGUCAUUCCAUGCUAAGCCGAUGACUUAAUGCUUCUACGAGGUGACAGUGUUGCUUUGUUGAAUGGAGUUUAGAUAUCAUAUUACACAAUGGUAGGAUUUUGAGCUUUGCUGCGAGCAAUUCACACAUUAGAGCGUUGUAGCCUGAUACUACUUUUUUUUACAGUAGUUUCAUCUUUUUCAUAUACCGAGGAAGGGAAAAUUGGGACUGAAAUUCAUAUUACUUUAUACAACAUUAGAGCUGGGCUAAACAACAUUCGCUUUGUUAGGGGUUUUAAUUCAUGGGAGGAACGGGAACUGGCUUUUGUAUGUUACUAAGGAAAAUCAUCGGAUGUUACCACACUCUCUUUCAUUCAUUCGAUCGUUUGCACAAAAAACCUGGGUCUUACCGACACAAACAGCGUGAGUUCUAACAUUGUAGUUUCUCUUAACGUAUAGUUUCGUUGUGGGAUUAAGAGGGAUUACGUGCCGUUGUAGCUUUUUCUUUGUUCGUAUCCCAUUAUGCAAUGAUCAUAUCUGUUACCUGCUCAAGGCUGGCCCUUGCGAUGUAAGGGUAUUUUGAUAAUGAGUAAAGAACAUCGCCCUUAAUUUAAUUGUCAAGGUUUCAGAUAUUUAGAAUUCCAGUGCUCUCUCCUCAUAGAGACUCUACGUCCUUUUUUGCCAAAACUUUAGCAAAGAGUACGAAGAAGAAUCAGUGGGUAAUAAAAGAGCCCUUUUUCAGUUUUCGGGUGUGGUAGCUACAGAACAGUGUAUUUAAAGAAACGGCUGUCAAAAACAAAACGGCUUGUAUUUCGGGAUGAAAGUAUCUUUUCUGAUGCUCAAACAGGUCUGCAAUGUGUUUUUGUAAACCCUUCUGUGUGCCUGAUUUCAGAGCAUGUUUGUAGGUGUUAUUUAACGUCGAAGAAACCGGACUCGGUCGAAGAAAAGUUAGAUUCCUUCAAAGCGUUUGCUACACAAUCCUAAUCCUGUACAGAUUGCAGGCCUGUCUCUGAGGCAGCAGCUUCAUCCACGGGUUCCAUUGUUGUGCAGCCGUGCCAUCAUAGGAGCGAAAGCCUGGAAUAAAAUUUAGGGACUGGGAAUAUAUUUAGCUGUAAAUUGAGAAAAAGUGAAUGUAUAAAGCCCUACUCGUCAUUCAAAGAGAUCAAACUGUCUGACAAGUCUGGCGUUUGGUCUUGCAUGCAUGGCGCAUUUGUAGAGACAGAAGGAACUUAAAAUCAUGUUUAACCGUACGUCUAAUUGAUGAUACGAUUUAAUCGUCUAAGUGAUGAGGCGUAGCAAACUUGUAAAUGCAGUCGAACGUCGAUUAUCCGGACAGGUGAGGACUGGGCUUAAUAGCUAGAACUGGAUAAUCGAAAAUAUGAAUAUUAAUAAGCCAAAAAUAUAACUGAAUACGUAAGAAUUAAAGGGAAUUCUCAAUUCAUUGUAUUUACGACAACAAGCACUCGGCGACAACAACGUUUUACGACCCUGAAAUGCUUACGUAGAUCAGUUUGGUUCAAGCUGCUACAAUGUGUGCGCGUCGCAAAUUAUAUCAUUCUUUGAAGCUGUUAAUAGCGUCAAUAUUGUCUCAGUAGAUCUGUUUUGUCUGAUGGGAAAAAGUUCUCAUGGGUUUCGAAUGUGACGAUUUUCUUCAUACUUGAUCACACCAAAUUAAAGCAAGACUGACCCUGGAUAUACAGCUUAUUAAUCGAUUGGGACAAAAGUCGAUUGAUAAAUAUCAAUAUCAGUACCGAAGUAUGCAAGAAAUGAUUAGUUCAUUCCAGUUUUUUUUCUAAAGUUUGCCGCAGAACAGAAACAACAAACUAAGAUAACAGUUGACCUGCACGUAACGCAAAGUAUUGUAAGAUAAACUGACAGUUUUCUAUUGUUAAUUAUUACAAACUUGAUCAUUGGAUAAUGCAA